AUGGCCCAAAAGUGUGUCCAUCAAGGUUGUGGAAAGGAGUUUACGGACCCUGAUGAGAAGUGCGAGUACCACCCCGGUCCGCCUGUUUUCCACGAGGGGCAGAAAGGAUGGAAGUGCUGUAAGCCUCGAGUAUUGACCUUUGAUGAGUUUAUGGAGAUUCCGCCCUGCACGACAGGCACCCAUUCAACCACCGACAAGCCUCCUCAGCUAGAGGAGAAGCCCCAGCAGGACGAUGCUGCCCUCGCCCAGAAAAUCGAUGCGUUGAACGCUGCGACUCCUUCUCGUGCACCAAUUCCCACUGCUCAGCAUGCUCCCACCCCGCCUCCACCAGCUCCCGAAUCGGAAGACGACGAUCCCAGUCUCGAGAUUGCCGAUGGUGUUGGUUGCAAGAGAAGAGCAUGCGGCGCAACCUACAAGAAGAGUAGCUCGCGAGAUAAUGAGGAGUGUGUUCACCACCCAGGAGUGCCAAUCUUUCACGAGGGAAGCAAGGGCUACUCCUGCUGCAAGAGGAGAGUGCUGGAGUUUGACCAGUUCAUGAAGAUUGAGGGUUGCAAGACCAAGGACAAGCACUUGUUCGUUGGUAGUGGAAAGAAGGACGACACUACCAGCGAGGAAGUCGUUUCUAACGUCAGACACGAUUUUUAUCAAACCCCGGUCAACGUCAUCGCCUCUUUCUUCUUGAAAAAGAUCGACAAGGGUACCGCAAAGAUCGAACUCCAGCCCAAGCAGCUGAACCUCGACCUGACAACGACCGAUUCGCCUCCUAAGCGCUACGCUGCUGAAGUUCCUCUUUACGCCUCAAUUGAUCCAGAGAAGUCAUCCUACAGAGUGCUUGGUACGAAACUGGAAUUUGUCCUUGCCAAAUCUGACGGCACCUCGUGGCCGGUUUUGCGAGGGGAUGAGGCCCUGACAGGCGAGAUCCUACAGGUUGGUCGUGCUGGAAAGGCUUGA